AUGGCUAAUACAAAGCAACCUGAAUUAAAAGAGCCUGGUCCAUCGGACAAUCAAAUCCUUGAUUUUAAAAAAUCACAUAAAUCGGAACAAUUAACAACUGGUUAUGGUCGUCCACUUGGUGAUCGAUCAACUGUUAUUACAGUUGGUCCACGUGGACCAUUGUUGCUUUCGGAUUUUCCAUAUAUUGAAGAUGUUCAACGAUUUGAUCGUGAACGAAUUCCUGAACGAGUUGUUCAUGCUAAAGGUGGUGGUGCUUUUGGUGUAUUUGAAGCAACUGAUGAUUUAUCAGACAUUUGCAAAGCUAAAGUAUUCAAAAAAGGAUCACAAACACGUGUUUUAAUGCGUUUUUCAACUGUUGCUGGUGAAAGUGGUUCAGCUGAUACAGUACGUGAUCCACGUGGUUUUGCAAUCAAAAUGUAUACCGAUGAAGGUAUUUGGGAUUUAGUUGGUAAUAAUACACCAAUAUUUUUUCUUCGUGAUCCAUUUUUAUUUCAAAUGUUUAUUCAUUCACAAAAACGAAAUCCUCAAACACAUUUAAAAGAUCCAAAUAUGGUUUGGGAUUUUUUUGCUAAUCAUCCUAUGGCUACACAUCAAUUUAUGUUUCUUUACUCUGAUCGUGGUGUACCAGAUGGAUUUCGUCAUAUGCAUGGCUAUGGUUCACAUACAUUUAAAAUGGUUAAUGAUAAAAAUGAAUAUGUUUGGGUUAAAUUUCAUAUGCGCACAAAUCAAGGUAUUAAAAAUUUAGAUCCAACAAAAGCCAAAAUCUUAGCUGGUGAACAACCUGAUUAUGCUCUUGGUGAUCUAUAUAAUGCAAUUGCUAAAAAAGAAUAUCCAAGUUGGACAGUUUAUGUUCAAGUUGUUACUAAUGAACAAGCAAAAAAUCUUCCAUACAAUCCAUUUGAUUUAACAAAAGUUUUUUCACAAAAAGAAUUUCCAUUACGUCGUGUUGGUAAAAUAACAUUGAAUGAAAAUGCAGAAAAUUAUUUUGCACAAAUUGAACAAGCUGCUUUUUCACCAGCACAUAUGCCACCAGGCAUUGAAGCAUCACCUGAUAAAAUGUUACAAGGUCGACUUUUUUCAUAUGCUGAUACACAUCUUCAUCGUAUUGGAACCAACCAUCAUCUUAUUCCAGUUAAUAAUCCUGAAACAAAUAAAAAUGUUAAAGUUUGUACUUAUCAACGUGAUGGUGCAAUGCAAACUGGUCAUAAUCAAGGUAAUGCACCAAAUUAUUAUCGUAAUUCAAUGAAUGGUCCAGAUGUAACUGAUCGUAAUAGACAUAUUGAACAUGCAACAUUAGAAUCAGGUUUAGCAGCUCGACAUGAAGCUAGUGACGAUGAUAAUUAUUCUCAACCACGAGUUUUCUAUCAAAGAGUAUUAGAUGAUCGUGGUCGAGCACAUAUGAUCCAAAAUAUUGCUGAACAUUUAGGACAAUGUACCUGUAAAGAUAUUAUUCGUCGUGUAGUUGCUGUUUUUGCCAAUGUUGAUGAUGAUCUUGCAAAACGAUUGGCUGAUUUACUUAAAAUUGAUGUACCACGAAAAACAUCACCACCAACAUCUGUUAGAUCAAAAUAUUAA